UCUAUGUAAACAGUUCCGCGAAAACUAUGAUAGCGAACGGACAGCAAAUAAUACCGCUGGGCAGUUUGGUCCUUCUCAUCCUGGGUGGAUGCCUGGCGUCUGGAGUUGCCAUUGGGCACCCCGAGGGGCGUGUGGUGGGUGGAAGUGAUGCUGCUGUAAACAGUGCACCCUAUGCGGCGUCCAUACAGUACGGAGGAAUCCACUAUUGUGCGGCCAGUAUCAUUAAUGCCAACUGGCUGGUGACGGCUGCUCACUGCCUGAGUAAUAGUAAUCAGGUUCUGGGAAGCACCAUCGUGGUGGGCAGCAUUGCUGUAGCCGGAACAGCAAGCACCACUCAGACGCGCAGUAUCACCUACUUCGUAAUCAACGAUCUUUACACCGGUGGAACUGUUCCCUAUGACAUUGGUUUGAUAUACACGCCCACCGCUUUCGUUUGGACCGCUGCUGUGGCCGCUGUAACGCUUCCCUCUUCGGGCGUGGUUCCAACUGGCACCGCCAAUCUUUAUGGUUGGGGCAGCACUAGUACCACGAAUACAGCCUCGUAUCCCACAACCCUUCAGGUGGCUACCAAUGUGCCUAUCAUUUCUCUAAGCGCCUGUGAAAGCGCCCUGGGCACCAAGGGCAGCGAUGUCCACUCAACGAAUCUAUGCACUGGUCCACUGACCGGAGGCAUCAGCAUAUGCACUUCGGAUUCGGGAGGACCACUAGUUCAGGGUAAUGUCCUCAUCGGCAUUGUGUCCUGGGGAAAAUUACCCUGUGGUCAGGCCAAUUCCCCAUCGGUCUAUGUGCAGGUCUCCUCGUUCAUUUCCUGGAUAUCGGCCAACCAACAGGUGCCCUAAAAAUCCGAAUUUACACCUGUUUGUUCAAUAAAAGCAAUCAAAGUUGCGCCCUUAGGGGCUGGUGACUUAA